GAGGAGGUUACCAUGGCGGCGGCCUUGGCUCGGCUGGGGCUCCGGGCUGUCAAGGAGGUUCGGGUUCAGUUCUGCCCCUUCGAGAAGAACGUGGAGUCGACGAGGACCUUCCUCCAGGCGGUGAGCAGCGAGAAGGUCCGCUCCACCAACUUAAACUGCUCAGUGAUUGCGGAUGUGAGGCACGACGGCUCCGAGCCCUGUGUGGAUGUGCUUUUCGGUGACGGGCAUCGCCUGAUUCUGCGCGGCGCCCACCUCACCGCCCAAGAAAUGCUCACUGCCUUCGCCUCCCACAUCCAGACCAGGGGCGCAGCGGGGAGCGGGGACAAGCCUGGCGCUGGUGCGGGCCGCUGACAGCGCGUAAGAGACCAACAAGCAGAAUUUUGCCUGGGACUUACUAGGACACUUAUCCAAGAAAAGUUUGACUUAAUCAUUCAAAUCACUAUAUGGAGGGCCACAGCCCCCCCCCCC